CCAAACUGUCCUUCAACUUGAACUGUUAUUAAGUAUUUGCUUUGGUGACUUUUUUUUUUUUUUGCAGGCCAAUGACAGCAAAAGACCAACCAUUUUGUAUUUUAGGUGAAAGUUGAAAUGUAAGAAGAAUUCCCUUUCCAGUGAUCAACAUGCAGAUUUUGUUGCAUGCUGUUCUGCGUUAUCCAUCGAAAGGUUACGUUGACUUACCGUAUCAUGGACCAUUUUGACUGCCGUGGCCAUUGUCCGUUCAAGUGUCGCCCCACGCCGUUUUCUCCCUCUGGGUUGGUGCCCGUCAUCCGACGGCCUCCGCGUCGUCGACGGUCGUCAAGGAGCGGUCCGAACCGUGGCCCGUUUGUGUGUGUAGGCGUGUGCUUAUUUGACCUUCGCAGGUGACUCGGGCUCCCGGCCUCGCUCAUGGAUGGCGAGGAGACAGUCGGAAACAGUCGAAGAGGAAUAACUAAAUAGGACAAAGACGCAAUCAAUGAAUGAGACAAGAUGGCCCCCAAGAAGAGAAACGACGCAACCAUUGAUCUUGAAGACGUUGGCAUGGAGGUGGAUGCUGUCGUCGACGGUGGAAGUGAGGAAGAGGCCAGGCGAAGAAUUAAAAACAGAAGAGCCAAACCUCAGCGUAAAGCCAAGCGGUGCAGUAAUGAAGAGGGAGACGAGGAAGAAGAGGACGAGGCGCCGAGGAAGAGAGGACGAAAGAAGAAAGCUCAGUGCCGGGACGAUGAUGAGAAUGAUGAUGAUGAUGAUGAUGAUGAUGAUGAUGACGACGGAAGUGUGAAAAGCAAACACUCCAAAGCUUCCAGGAAGAAAGCAGCGAGGGAUGAAAGCGAGGAUGAGCGUGAAGAGGACCGCGAGAGGAAGAAAAAGGGAGCGAAGGCGGUGUCGAAAAAGGACAAAGAGGAGCAAGAGAAGAAGGGAAAUGCCGAAGGAAAAAGAGGGAAUGAGAAAGGGGGUGAGAAGGACAAAAAGAAGAGGGGCAAGUUGAGCAGCGGCUCUUCUUCCUCCUCUGACCCUGACGAAGAAUCUCUGUCCGAAGGCGAGAUGGCAGCCCUGAAGGAAGACGUGGAGGAGAAGAAGAAACUGAUUGCCACAUUAAGGAAUAAACCUUGGCGUAUGAAGAAGAGGCUCGUUUUGCUCAAGGAGGCACAAGAAUUCAUUGAAAGGUUUGAAGGAGCUCUCGGGAAAGGAAAGGGGAAGAAACUGUACGCAUUGAAAGUCAUGACGACGAAGAAAUUCAUCAAGUUCAAACGCGACUUUGAAAACUUUAAAACGGCCUGUGCACCCUGGGAGAAGAAGAUCAAGGAAGUCGAAAGUCGGUCCCAUGAUGACAUUCUCUUUGAAAUGAUGCAAUGCGGCUACGUUUUGGCUGCAUUCUCACGGGUCUUCCAUCCUUCCGACUCCAUUCCCAGGAAAACGGUACCCCGAGAGGAGCAGGCGAAAGCCAUGGACUUCUCGGUGCUCUUCGAUUUUGGUGGUUACUGCAAAUAUUCUUUCUUAUUCUAUGGAUACUAUGACCAUCAGCGAACCAUUGGCGUGCUGCAAUUCAGACUUCCGUUGUCAUACCUGCUGGUUGGCGUCGGCAUCUUUGGAUACAGCUUGAUGGUUGUCAUUAGAACGAUGGCCCGAAACUCCAAUGAAGGAGGCGACGGUGCCGAAGAGGGCGGGUUCACCUUCACCUGGAAGAUGUUCACCAGCUGGGACUACCUGAUUGGAAACCCAGAGACAGCAGACAAUAAGUUUGCGUCCAUUACCACCAGCUUCAAGGAAUCCAUUGUCGAUGAACAGGAGAACCGGAAGGACGAGAACAUCCACCUUCGUCGCUUCCUGAGGGUCCUUGCCAACGCUCUGAUCCUGUGCCGCCUCGGAGGCAGUGGUUACCUUAUUUACUUUGUGGUGAAGCGCUCCCAGGAAUUUGCUGACAUGGAUAACGACGAGCUCUCCUGGUUUGAAAAGAACGAGGUGGAGUUUGUGAUGUCUUUGCUGGGCUUGGUGCGUCCUCCUCUUUUUGAAACUAUCGCUGAACUGGAGGACUAUCACCCUCGAAUUGCACUCAAGUGGCAACUGGGACGCAUCUUUGCACUCUUCUUGGGAAACCUUUACACCUUCCUUUUUGAUGAGGUCACUGCAAAACCCUCAUAUGGAGAGUUUGACAUCAGCGGAAAUGUGCUGGGCCUCAUCUUCAAUCAAGGAAUGAUAUGGAUGGGAGCCUUUUCUGCUCCAGGGCCGGUGGGUCUGAACGUAUUGCGUCUGCUGUGUUCGAUCUACUACCAGUGUUGGGCUGUGAUGGCCUGUAAUGUUCCUCACGAGCGAGUCUUCAAGGCCUCGCGCUCCAACAACUUCUACAUGGGUCUGCUGCUGCUGCUUGUGCUCUUCCUCAGCCUGCUGCCAGUGGUCUACACCAUCAUGACUCUGUCUCCGUCCUUUGACUGUGGGCCGUUCAGUGGCCAAGAGAAGAUGUAUGACGUCGUCAUGGAGACUAUAGAACAGGAUCUUCCUUCCUUCAUUGGGAACAUAUUCACGUACGCCACCAACCCUGGACUUAUCGCGCCAGCUGUACUUCUUAUGGUGAUUACACAAAAACUACCUCAUCGAGAAGGGCAGCAAAAUGAAGGGCACCAAAAUGAAGCCAGGGGUGCGCUGACACGGGCCCCUGGACCAAGAGGUCGACCUCCUGGAAAUGCCCGAGGGCCUCGAGGCAAGGGGCAGAGGUCGAGGCAGGCCUCCAAGGCAAUAGAGGUCAAAAUCCAGGUCUACUGAAAGACCUGAAAGACCUAACAUAGCGGAGGUGAUUACGACCGUGCCGAAUUUCAAGUCCACAAAUUCUAUCUACACAGCAACAAACCCAUAUUUCUCGUGUCUGUAUAGAUUCCUCGUCACCCAGGUCAUGCUAAUCUGCAAACGUUCCGUCAAGGCAAUUGGACUCUUCUUGUUUGUUGAAGACGUUUCACUUUGAAUCCAAAAGGCUUCUUUAAGAUUCUCCUUUUACAAACUUUCAGAACUGAAGAAGCCUUUUGGAUUAAAGAUGAAACUUCUUCAACAAACAAGAACAGUCCAGUUGCCUUGAUUUUAACCUUUGCAGAUAUCCCUUGUUUUUACGACUAAAAUCAAAAUAGGGUUAACUGGUCAAAAUAUUUUGCCAU